CUUGAAUUUGUUAUUUCGAUUCGUGCAGAUUCGUGUGCCGUGUGCGUCUUUUUUUUUUUGUCACGGCGGAACGGAAUUGAGCAAGUAAACCAAAAACUUUUGUAUUUUCCUGUAAAAUCAUUCUGUUUCAUGUCUAUUUAAUGUGCUUAAUGUGUUUCUACUGAUCUUUCCUUGAGCAUUACACAUGUUUCACAUCCCUAUUUGAUGAUAAAGCGUGGACUUGUCAGCGUCAGAAAGCAAAUUGAAAUCCACCAGACGAGCACUGAAUAAUAAUCAUAAUUGUAAUUCGUCCGAGCAACAUUGAACGGCGAUGAGGUCGCAGACCCUCUGAGGGGCGGCAGACGAACCUACCUCGGACGGCAUAACGCCCCGUCAUCGUCUGACGUCAGUGCUGUGCGGACGGGACAUCGGGUCGCAUCUCCGUCUCCCGAGCGCCAUGUACUCCCGCUCCAAACGCGGCAGCAACUUCCUUCAGGAGUCUGAGCGGUCGCUGCUGCGCUCGCGCCGCGACACCGCCUGGCAGAACGAGCUGGCCUCCCGCAGCCAGUUGCAAGCUGUCUUCUCUUCGUCGCGGGCGACGGAAGCGACCAGGACUGGUGCGGCGGCGCGGACGACCGGGGGCCCGUCCGCAGCUGCGGCGCCGGCCGCCGGCGGGGCCCAGGAGGGCGGCCCGGUGACCCAGCGUGGCUCGGUGGCGGACACCGUGCGCCGCCUCUCGGACCCGGUGCGCCGCAAGUCGAGCGGUCUGCCCGAGUCGCAGUCAGGCCUGCUGCCCAGCGCCAGCAUGGGCCCGCUGGCCUCGGCAGGUGCGCUCUGCGCGCCCACGUGCCUGGACGCCUCCUGCGUCGCCGAGCUGCUGGCCGAAGGAGGGCCCGUUCCAGUACGGUUCAACGCCAUAAAUGAAGACGAUGUCGUGCAGUUUCUCAACGCUAACCCAGAGACGAUCUCUCACUAUGUCAAGGAGUAUGUCGACGUUCCAACUAUCAAGGGCUGGCUGUCGGCCAAGUCGUCGGGGGCGGUUCGCACGCUGGUCGCUCCGGCCGGCCACCACAGCACCUACGGUGAGGCGGCCGCCGAGACGCUGCGCCGCCACCUGCUCGACGAGGCCUCGCACCCGGACCACACGCCCCGGCUGCUGCACGAGCUUGCCAGGGUGGCCGCCGUCGCUGUCGGCGCCGAUGGGUUCACCCUGUUCCUGAUCGACUCCAAGCUGAACGACCUCAUCGAGUACACACCGGGCCGGGACGACUUCGUCCAAACAAAGGCAUCCAUCAAAAUAGUCGACCGGGAGACGCCGUCGGCGCUGGCCGCCGCCACCGGCGAAUCGCUCACCGUCGAGUCCAUCACCUGCGACAAACGCUUCCCGCACGGAUUCGGGCCGGGCGUCUCCGAAAAGGACCGAUCGGCGCUGGUGGUGCCCCUGCCCGGUCUGGCGGUACUGGAGCUGCGCCGCGGCGUGCACCACGAGCCGUUCGAGCCCGGCCACCUGGAGGCCGUGAACGCCAUCCUGGUGUGGUUCAACAUCGCCAUCAACCGGCUACAGCUGAGCGAGGUGCUGCAGCACCAGCAGGAGCUCAACUCGUUCCUGCUGGAGGUGGCCAGCGCGCUCUCCGACGAGCCAUUCGGCCAGGAGGCGCUCAUCUCCAAGGUGAUGCUGCAGGCCAAGGCGCUGGUGGCCGCCGAGCGCGUCACCUUCUUCGCCAUGGACGAGGAGAAACACGAGCUGUACGCCUCACUGUUCGAUGACGGACAGACCAUCAACGGCUCGCCGGUGCUCAGUAAGCGGCACGAGAUCCGCUUCCCGGCCGAGCGCGGCAUCGCCGGCCACUGCGCCCGGCUGGGCCAGGUGGUGAACGUGCAGGACGCCUACUCGGAUCCGCGCUUCAACGCCGAGGUGGACCGCAGCACGGGCUACCGGUCGCGCAGCCUGCUGGCCGUGCCCGUGAAGGCGCAGCACCGUCUGCUUGGCGUCCUGCAGGUGGUCAACAAACUCGACGCCGACUGUUUCUCGGAGACGGACGAGGCCUCCCUGAAGAUGUUCGGCAUCUACUGCUCGCUGGCGCUCUCGUUUGGCGCACUGCACGAGCGAGGUCAAAAGAAGGACAAUCAGCUGAGCGUGGCCCUGGACGCCCUGGAGUACCACACGACCGCCUCGCCGGCGGAGCUGAAGAAGUACAUGGAGCAGCCACUGCCGGCCUCCAUCCCCGACUCGUUCGACACGUUCCGCUGGGCGCCCGAGCCCAGUCACGACCUGAGUCGGCUCUACCUGCACAUGUAUUUCGACCUGCUGGGCGAGGGCGCGUGCGGCGGCGCCCCGGAGCGGGUGGUUACCUUCACCACCACGGUCAUCAAGUCGUACCGCCGCGUGGCCUACCACAACGCCACGCACGCCUUCAUGGUGGCGCACACCAUGUACAAUAUCCUGAAGAGGAACACCAACGUCUUCAGCCGGCUGGAGCUGCUGUCACUACUGGUGGCCUGCAUCUGCCACGACAUCGACCACCGCGGCUACAGCAACACGUACGCCAAGGCGGCCACGCCGCUGGGCGGCCUCUACAAGGCGUCGGUGAUGGAGAACCACCACUUUGCCACGGCGGCGGCGGUGCUGCAGCGGCCCGGGCACGACAUCCUGGCCGGGCUGACGGCAGCCGACAGGAAGGAGGUGCUGGACCUGAUGUACGAAGCGAUCAUCGCCACUGACCUCGCCGUGUACUUCCAAGUUCGGCCGAAACUGGAGUCGGCCAUGACCGGCCAGUUCAACAUGCACCAGACGGAACACAGACGGUGGUUCUGCAGUGUGAUGAUGACCGCCUGUGACCUGUCGGCCGUCUGUAAGGCCCCGGAGGUGGUGCUCGAACAUACCCUCGAGCUGUACGUCGAGUUCCACGAGCAGGGAGACAACGAGAAGAAGCGGGGUACCACGCCCGACCCCAUGAUGGACCGUACCAAGGCGCUCAACCUGCCUAAUGACCAGAUCAACUUCAUCAAGUACAUCUGCAUGCCGGCCUACGAGCUGAUCUCCAAAGGCCUGCCUAACACCAACGAGAUGCUCGUCAACGUCAAGCGGACGCUCGAGUACUGGGCCGACCUGCGCACCAAAGACGCCAGCGUCUGGAAGCCGUACGCCAGCUGGCCCAAGCCGGAGCACCACGAGACGCGGCUGCAGCUGCCGCGUCGGCAGUCGAGUCGGUCCCCGUCGCCAGCCCGCCCGUCGGCAAAGUAGACGGUGGCUGACCGCGGUCCCAACAGCUGCCGAGCCAAGCAGCACUCUCGGUCAGCCGCUCAGGACAGUUCUAGUUAAUAUUUUUGUUUGAACAGUGCGAGAACAAUGUUCUUCAGAUUUAAUCGUGUGCAAGCGGUGUUAUCAGAGUUUCAAUGGCGCUUAAACGACAUUUUUAGAGUUCAAAUAAUCGUGUACGGAGUAGGGACAAAGUUUUUUUUGCAACUGCGCGCUUAUUGUUACUUUUCUACGUUAUCCACGAAUUACGCGUGAAGAAGAUUUCGGUAAUGCCAAGCGAUUUAUUCUGCAAUAAAACGUUAAUUUGCCA